CGCUAUUGGAGAAUGGCGGUCAUUUUUACAAACUCGUGCAAGAUUUGCUCUCUGUUUUGGUGAAAUACACUACUAAUCACUUAAAAUGAAGCAAGAGCAGCAGCCAAGCUAUACAGGACAGCUGCUGCCAUACUCUGCGGCUACUUUAGAAAGUCUAGAGAGAAGUAGUGACAUUACACAGCAAGACACUUGCAUCUUUGGACAAACACAUGAAGGAGGAAGAUUUAGCUGGGUUGCCCGUGGCCCAGCAUUGGAAAUUAUUAAUUCGAGAAAUGGUGCUAGGAUCGCAGCGUGGAUGUUUGGAGCUGCACUGAAGGAUUGCAAUACCAGUAUUACGUGUGUAUCAGAGUUCAAUAAGGGUGCUGCAUUGUUAAUUGGGCUGGAGACCAGUAACAGAACAGGCAUGCUGUGCAUGUUCGAUGUUCGCAAAUCAAAAGUCGUCAAAGCUGUUCAUAUACCAUAUAAGGUGACUGCAGUGUCUGGGGUUACAGAUGAGACAAAGACAGUUGAGGCCAACCCUGCAUUUAGUGAACUAUUGUUGUGUUUCCAAGGCAUUGUGGCUGUCGGUACUCAAGGUGGACAUGUCUAUAUAAUAGAUAUGUGUUUGGAUGAGUGGGAUGAGGUGACGAAUGAGGUGACAGCUGGCACUGUAUGUAUGAUAGAUAUACAGAGUCGGGACUUUAGCACUCAAAGACUCCAGGCCCUGCAUAGAGAUGAACACCUCUGUAUAGAACUAGACAGAAGUGCAUUUGAAAGAGGAGCUUACAAGUACAGGAAACAGGAUGGCAAAACUAUAAGGGACUUCAGUGCAGAUACAGUUGUUGUGACCAGUUUGAAGUAUAUAGGCCACACCGGGUUACUUGCUGUAGGCUUCAACUUUGGCAGUUUUCAGCUAUGGAAAAUGUACAACCAGACAUUAGAAUAUAGCUGUAGGUUUGAAGAGGACCUGCCUCCAGUGACCCACUUUGCUUACCAGGAGCCAGAGAAUGACCCCCGCAAGUUUGUCUACAUCUGGGUAGGCAGGGGGCCAAGAAUACAGGACUCCAUUCAAGGGGAUACUGGUCUACUGUGUUUAUAUCAGCUUGCCUUCAAUGAGAGAACAAUUUAUGGAAACUGCAAUAUUCUCUAUGAAGAUCUGAUGUCAGUUGGUCCAAGGUUUGACUAUGAUUUGACUGGAGAUGUAUUCCACAGCCAGGUGACCCAAUGUGAUGGCAGUAGACUAGUAGAAUGUUAUACUAUUGAGACAUCUGCAACUAAGGCAAAUAAUGAGGAGGAUUCCUUUGAUGAAGGGGUCUCUGGGCCAGACAUGAGCCUCUGUGUGUUUGUUUGGGAGGCUGCAAAUGAAGACCCCCACAGCAAGCCAUCAUAUUUUCUUGGUAUGUUUGAUCUCAAUCGAUGGUACCAGUCUCAAAUGCCAGGGGAAGUUAGGUUAACAAAUGGAGGUCUACAGCAGUGUCCCUAUUUUGCAUUUUGUAUCCUAGAUGAUGUAUUAGAUGCAGCAUCCCCAGAUUGUUUACUAAGUGUCUAUGUCGAAAAGCAAAGUAUUACAAAGUUCCAGUCAAACAUUACACCAGCUCCUGAACUUCACUUCUAUCCAUCAUCAUUAGCAUUUGAUGCUACCUGUUUGAUGGAGACGGGGAUAGUUCACACACAGUUCUUAGGAGUUCAACGCCAAAUCAUAUCUGAUCUCAUUAAACGUGGCCCUGGUGUUCUAGCAGAUCCCAGAGAUGUGUUCAAGAUGUCCAUGUUUGCUGGCCUACUGCCCUGUGCAAUAGAUCCUGCCUCUGUUAACAUUGCCAGGGACAACCAGAGGGCUACUGUUCUAUCUAUGUUGUUAGACUAUAAUGCAGUGGGGUUUAUCAGCACUUGUAUUACACAAUGGGCAGAAGGAGAAUACAACCACCUGGGCUGUACCCUGAGAUUCCUACUAGACUGGGCAUGGAAGAAAGUAGGAUCUGUAAAAGAAGCAUUAGACAAACUAUGUGUACCAUUGUAUGACUACACUGGGCACCAUAUAGAUGACAGCACCAUGCAGUUACUCAACAUGUACCAAGCUCAAUUAGACCAUAUGGUGACAAUCUUCAAGGCACUCUCAGAGCAGACACCACAAACUACUGCACAAGGAAGCAAAGAUUUGGAGACAAAGCUCAAUGUGGUGACUUUGAUAAGCCAGCAUUUACACGUUGUCCUCUGGUGUGUAGCAAAUGGCCUUCUGCCAGAGUUUCACGAGGGAGACCAUCAUAAUAAACAUUAUUUCUACCCUGCAUCCAUCCUGAAGCAACAGUACCAGUCGCGUAGAGAAGCACUCAGGCAGCUUCAUAGCGAUGUUAGUCAAACAGACCUUCUCCUGAUAGAUGGCAUUGUGAAUGAACCAAAUGCUGGUGUGAAAGAACUCUGGGAGAAAGAUGGCGGUGAUGGUCUUUACCCACCACCAAACCUUCAUGCUUUGUUGAACAUCUACCUGUUAGAGAAUGUCAGUGUGCAAUGCAAACACUGCAUGGUGCUUUAUGUCUUGUUUGACCUAGUCUCCCUGCUAGCUGAGAACAACCAGGAACAGCAUGAACAACUUAUAGAGAGAAUGAGCAGAUUCUACCAAGCAUUUUCCAUACCUCAGGGACUUAUAAGGCUCAUACAAGGCUACUGGUUCCUUGACCGCAAGGACUUUGAUCAAGCCCUGACUUCUCUGCUGGAUCCUAUGAUUGAUGUGAACAUAUCACUAUGGCAACAGGUUCGUGUCAUCAAGGCAUUCCUCUAUCAAGGUCACCACCAGAAGGCCCUGCGGUUCAUUCGUAUACGGAAACCACCAAUGGAAACCCCUGAACUUGUGAAGCUCAAGUUGACUGUUCUACUGGCCAAUGGUUUGACAUCUGAGGCAUUUGAGUAUCAGCGUUUGUGUAGAGAUGAGGGUAACUUGGAUGACCUUCUUUCACAUUUCUUCCUAGGAUGUCAACAAACCAAGAUGAUAGAUAGUCUACUUCAGCUUCCAAUGAAUGAUGUGGAGGAGCGCCAGUUGAUAGGGUACCUACAGGAGACUAAAGAGCCCAAUUCUAAAGAGAUCCUCAUAAUGCAUUACUUACAGAGGUCUAGAUAUGUAGAUGCAAUACGCCUUAAUGAAAGAGUCAAACAAACUGGUCUGAAUGAGGCAGAUGUGUCGGCAAGGGAGAGGGCUGCUGCUAGGAAUGCGAUAGUUAGUUGUUACAGUAAUGUUCUCCCCACAGUUCAGCGUAAACUCACCUUUGGGACAGAGCUGAUUAGGAAACGGCCCACCUUGAUGAGACGUGAAGUCGUAAGACCAAGGCCUCUCUCAACCGUAGUGAACAACAAGCGUGGCACAAUUGUCUCACAUGCUACCCUCAUCAAUGCAGUUCUGGAGAAAGUCAACGAAGCCAAAGAUGUCCAAGAUGAAGAGGAGAUUGAUGUUGAUGAACAGAGAGAUGAGCAACAGCAGCCAGCUAUAUCAAUGGAACCAUUUACAUGUACACCAAUCACACCUAAACUCAAGUCUAGGAGAAGUGGUGCAUCUGAGGUUGUUUACCCGUCAGUGUCGGUGAUGGAGGACCCCUCCCAGGUGGAGCCACUACUCCCAAUGUCCCCCAUGAAGCAUCCGCACAUAUCAACUACAUUCACAUCAACACCCCCAAGGAGAAUGUCUAACUACCUCAGUGCGGAAGUGCUUUCUCUGUUGAGCACACCCCCAGUCAAACGGAAGACCCCCUCCCACUCCCCCAAGGUGCUCCUACCUCAGCCCACCCCCCAGUCUAUCUUAAAAGUACGGAGGUCUGUAAGAAAGUCACCAUCAUCACUUCAAAAGGAUCCUGUAAAAGUAUCAGCUAGAUUUGCAAGUGUGGCUAGUAUGGAUGCUGACCUAGCCCCACCUAGAGUGCCACGUAGGAUAGGCUUCAGUGAACCUGAGGCCUCAACAUCGACCUCAACUCCUAAAGCUGCUUCCACGCCUACAUUGAUCACCCCUCACACUGUUGAACAUGCUACCCCAGGGAGCAAGAAGACUCCUUCCAAACAGCUCAGGUUUGCAGUUUCCUUUGGAGGAGAGACUAGUCCCCCUAAAGAAGAAUCCAGGAUUCCUAGUCCCCGAAGUGUCAAAGAUAGAAGCCCAACUCCUGAAAGAAAAUCCCCCAAGAUGGCUUCAAGGACUGAUACACUAGUAGAGAGCCCAGUGAGGGUUGGUGGUGCAUCUCCACUGGUAGGGAGCCCAGAGGAAUCUCUAGCCCUGAGGCUUGACACCACUGACAACCAAGAAGAGGAAGAUAUGGAAGGUGUACAAAAUGUAGACAAUGACAUCACUUUUAACCUUAAUAAAAGUGUAAAUAAGGGGGAUCAGGAAGAACAAGACCAUGUUGACAUCAUGGAUGUUAGUCACGAUACUCCCCCACUGAGAACACCCGAACAAGACCACCUCACAGAGACCCCUCAGACACCUCAAACAACAAAGAAUAUUAGAAAUAUAAUCCGCAAUAUUCUUGCCACCUCAGAGGCACAAAGGGACACAUCCUAUGAAGAGAAUGUCGCUGAAAAGCAAGAUAGUGAUGUGGAAGAUCAGGAAGAUGCUGUUAUGGAAUUUAAUGAUGUAGAUGAAGUGAAUGUUGUUUCUGCUAGAGAAGAGUGUCAAAAGGUUGUCAAUGAUGUGCUCAAUAAUGAUGAUGAAAAUGAUGUAUAUAGUGACAGUAUUGAAGAUGAAUCUUUUGAUCAAAUUGAAACUCGUAAUGAAAGCAUUGAUAGGAGAGAUAAUGCCAUGGAAGGCAAUUUAAAAACUAGUGGCAGAGAACACUUUGCUGAAGCUCAAGAGGAAAUAAAUAUAAAAAAUAAGAACAUCAUAGAUAACAAAAUCGUCCCUCAGGAUGACAUAAAUAAGACUAAAGCUGCCAUUGACACCUUAGAAGAUAAAAAUGACACUAUUGAAACUAUAGAAGUAAAGGACUCUACAAUAGAAAUAAUUGAUUCUACAGAUCAAAAUGAAACUAUUGAAACCAUAUCUGUGAUUGAUUCUAGUGAAAAUGAACUACAUCAUGAUACAGUGAAACAUAAAGGUGAUGAUGGUGGCAUAGAUGUUGACAAGGUGCUAGAAAUUAAACAGAAUAUUAGCAAUAGAACACUUAAAGACAAUGUAGAACAGUAUGAUACCAUGGGUAAAUCAAAUCUAACUGCCUUGGUUGUAAAUACAACUGAACACGUUUACAACAGUUCUCCAAAACAUUCCCCGAAACAAUCUCCAAAGUGCUCAGCAAACAUAUCCAAUAAAUCAUCACUUGUUCCUAUGGAGGUCCCGGAACUGACAGUGGAAAUACCUAGUGAUGAGUCUAUACAGCAUCUUUCUCCUAAUACUAUUCCCAAUAAUAAACAGACUUCUUUGAGGAAUUCCAGGCUUUCAUCAGUAGAUUCAACAAAGUCUGAUGAAGGGUUCAAAACUCCUCCGCCCCCCUCUCCCAGAAGCAAAGUACAGAAAUCGCCUAAACCCAGUCCUACAUUACCUGUCACCCAACAGGUGAGCCCCUCAAUUAGCAGUCGGACUUCAGUGAGUCCAAGGUCCACCAGGUCGGGUUCUUCUAGGUCAGGUUCAGAGAGCAGUACCAUAGAGAGUGAAAGCAGCUCCACAACACAGAGUAACAUGCCACCAGAUGCCAGUGAUAUGUCUGAUGUAGAACCAGAGACAAAAGAUGUAACUGAUACCUCCCCAUUAUCCACCGGUUCCUACAUGCAAAGACUAAGAUCUGGGGACCACACUCCUUCACGUGAUAACACCCCAGAGCCUAUAAUGACCCGGAGGUCUAGUCGAGGUUCCACUUCCAGAGAUGUUACCCCAGAAGCCCAGAAUACUAGGAGUCUGAGGUCUGGUAGACGAACUCCAUCACGGGAUGUUACCCCUGAACCCAAGAUUACUGAUACCAGAAGCUUGAGGUCUGGCCGGCGCACUCCAUCCCGUGAUGUAACCCCAGAAUCCCAAAAUACAAGGAGCUUGAGAUCUGGCCGACAGACGCCAUCACGGGAUGUUACCCCGGAACCCCAAAUUACUGAUACCAGGAGCUUGAGGUCUGGCCGACGUACCCCAUCACGUGAUGUAACCCCGGAAUCCCAAAAUACAAGGAGCUUGAGAUCUGGCCGACGUACUCCAUCGCGUGAUGUAACCCCAGAAGCCCAAAAUACAAGGAGUCUGAGGUCUGGUAGACAGACCCCAUCCAGAGACCCGACACCUGAGCCUAUGAAUGACACAUACAAUGUUAGAAAUUUAAGAUCCGAACAUGCAUCUUCCAGGGAUCCUUCCCCACAGCCACAACUUAACGAUACAUACACCGUGAGGAACUUAAGGUCUGGGCCCCGCAGACUAUCACGCGACCCAACACCCGAACCUGUGUCUAACUUAAGAUCAGGAUUGAGACGCGAUACUUUACAAAAUUCAAAAACCAAGCCAACGUCUGUGCUUCCUGCUCCACGGUCAACUCGGAGAACUUCAAGGCUGUCUUCUCAGGGUUCAUCAAGGGAUACAUCCCCAGAACUGGCCCCGAAAAGUAGAGGUCGAGGGAGGCCAAGGGAAAUGACCCCUGACUCUGUAUUUAAUACAGACACUGAUGAGUCAGCCUGUGAAGGGGGAGGAGCACCAAGUUUUACUUUCUCCAACCCUAUGCCUGUCAACUCACCAGAAGGCACUCGAGCCAAACUACAAGCAGAGCCAGUAAGUCCUGCCAAGCCCUUUGUGUUCUCACCCCCAGCCACUCGUACACGUUCAGGACACCUGACCCCCACCAGAAAAACCCCCACAAGAAGUAAGCCCACCAGGCAAAGUAGCAGAGUGAGCUCUACAUCUGAGAGCGAGUCUAUACCAGAGGCCACUAAACCAAGAAGAGGCAGGCCUCCCAAGAACAAGAAAAACUUAACCAGCAUGUCAAAUAGUCCUAUUAACUUCAUUUCACCCAUUCCGGAAGAAUCUGUCUCAACUGGGGUGCGAACUCGACUAUCAUCUCAGAAGUCAUCUACAGCUCCGCGCAAUACAAGAACUCGAUCAACUGGUGGACUAAAGAAAAAACAGCCUAAACUUUGGUGA